UCGCGGGUAUUGAGAACACCCUCAGGAGGAGGAACCAACAUUUUUUAUUUUACCCUUAUCAUCACUUCCUUACCAGCGCCAAAGCAAACACGCGCUCCUGAAGGUGUAUGAAACACUUAUCGAGAAACGGGUUCAAUGUUUCGGAUAAAAACGCAGCUUUAGAUUCGCUGGAUAGCUGUCAAUUCGACUUAUUAGACCGUAGACGAACGAUUCAAGAAAUCCAAACAAAGUGCGCACACAUUUCUCAAAAUCUGCAGUCAUCAUCACUUUGAAGAAGAAUAAAUAGGCAUCCACAGUGAGUAAAGACUUAUCGUGCGUUGAGUUUGACUAUUGAGCGUUUCAGUUUCAUCUGUAGAAUACGUUUUGCCAUAGAGAUUUGAACACGCUACGCUAUAUGGAGAGAGAACAGUGUUGAACAACUACCGGAUUUUUUUUUUUGUUCGACCUAAAUCAUGGAAAGCUGACGGUGAGGACUUUGAGUGACUGUGUCUUGCCAGGGAAGAGAACACUCUCUACACAGAGUCAAGGCAUCUAAGGCUCCAUAUCAAACUCUUCCUUUAUCUGCAAAUCAGCUGAUCUGAGAGCUGUGAUGUCGGCGUAUGGACAGACCCAGUACAGCCCCGGCCUCCAGCCUGCGGUACCCUAUCCACCAUACACACACCACGCCCAGGGCUACGGAAUGCCCUCCUACAACAUAAAGACAGAGGAUGGCCUCAGCCUCUCUCCAGGACAGAACAGUCUCUACUCUAACUACAGCAACACUCCCCCCAGCCAGGGCCUCUAUAGCUACUCCACACACGGUAGCAGUAUUUCAUCUGGGAUUUUCCAGGGAGCCAACCCCAUCACAGGCUCAACUCCAUUCAACACCACACAACAGGACUUCUCAGGGUACUCCAGCUACAGCCAAAGCCAGUACUCACCAUACUACAACACACACUACAACAGCCCAUACCUCAGCCCUAGCGCCAUCACCACGCCCAUACCCUAUCAGCAUCCAGAACACCCCGCCGUGGUGCCCAAUCACAGCUCAGAGUCCCAAACAGGAGAGUACCAUCCGCCCCCUAGCCCCCCCACCCCAGGGAAAGAGCCGGAGGUGGUGCCAGCCAGACGGAGCUCAGACGGGAAACUGAGGGGCAGGAAAAGAGUCAGUGACCCACAGCCCCCCCUGGAUUCAGAUAUAGAGCGUGUGUUUGUGUGGGACCUAGACGAGACCAUCAUCAUUUUCCACUCUUUGCUCACAGGGAGCUUCUCCACACGAUUUGGCAAGGACUCAUCCAAGGCAGUGUCGCUGGGCCUGUGGAUGGAAGAGAUGAUCUUUAACCUGGCCGACUCACGACUAUUCUUCAACGACCUGGAGGAAUGUGACCAAGUUCAUAUUGAUGACGUGGCGUCAGACGACAAUGGGCAGGACCUGAGCACUUACAACUUUGGCACGGAUGGGUUCCAGAGCCCUGCGGGGGCCGGUACUUUGUGUCUGGGCUCAGGUGUCCAUGGUGGGGCUGACUGGAUGAGGAAAUUGGCCUUCCGCUACCGGAGGGUAAAGGAGAUCUACAACACCUUUAAGAACAACGUGGGAGGUUUGCUGGGCAGUCCCAAGCGGGAGGAGUGGCUGCAGCUGCGCAGGGAGAUGGAGGUUCUAACAGAUCUGUGGCUGACCCAGGCUCUCAAGGCCUUGGCCCUCAUAAACUCCAGGCCAAACUGUGUGAAUGUGCUGGUGACUACCACCCAGCUGAUCCCAGCCCUGUCCAAGGUCCUGCUCUACGGACUGGGCUCAGCCUUCCCUAUAGAGAAUAUCUACAGUGCCACCAAGACAGGGAAGGAGAGUUGCUUUGAGCGUGUGGCUCAGAGGUUCGGUCGGCGAGCGGUGUACGUGGUAAUAGGGGAUGGAGUGGAGGAGGAGUCUGUAGCCAAGAAGAAGAACAUGCCCUUCUGGAGAGUGUCGUGUCGGCCUGACCUGGAGGCUCUGAGUCAUGCACUGGAGCUGGACUACCUCUAGUGGGCACUAUCCCAUCAUGCUCUUAGCCACUUCCUGCCUGGUGAUGCCACUUCCUGUCCAAUGGACCAAUUGGGGUUGAGGUCGGCGACGAUUCACCACAAUACAAAAGCCAAGAAUAAGGGACCAAUCUUUGUAUCUGCAGGGAAUCGCAAUUGUUACUGGAAAUAUUACUGCUUUCAUCCUUUUACACAGAGACUUUUACAUGAAAGUUAUCCCACUUUUCAACUUUACAGCGUUACACUGAAAAUAACGAUCUAGGUGCAUUUUGUCCUUACGUGGAGGAUGAAUAGUUUUGUUUUGUUUGUUUGUUGUUUGUUGUGACGUUUCUUAUUAUUAGGAAUGGGAUAGAUAAGAGGACAUUGUUAAAUGGCAACUCCACCACUUUUCAACCUCAUAUUCAUUAUCUCCAGCACCAUACCAGAGUCUAGAUAUGUGAAAACUGAGCUUCUUAUUAUUUUCUGUGGUCGAAAGUUAAGAAGAAAGGUCCUAAAAAUGCUUCUCUGUAGCACAAGCUAGGAUAAAAAGGAAGAAAAACUGUGAUUUUCUAAACCUGCAACGAGUUUCUAGCCAGAGGGAGGAUAUUUUCUUGCUCCCCACGUCACCGCGAAUCUCACAGUGUUUGAAAAUCACUAUUCUUUAAGCGUUUUAACUUUUGAUGAUGUCAUCGGGUAGAACCUUUUAACUUUAUUUGUUUCUACAAAACUUAGAAAUGCACAGUUUUCACGCACUGUAUGUAGACACUGGUAUUGUGCUGGAAAUAAUGAAAAUUAGGCUGAAAAGUGGUGGAAUUGCCCUUUAAGA